AUGGAUCGUCGGGGGUUCCGUUGGUGCCAGCAYAGCUCCACGAGCGACAACGCUCCAGGGCUGCCGGGCACCGGUGGAUUCCUGAGCGCGAGUGACAACGGCCGGGCUGUCCCGCGACCGACGCUCCCGGCAGCUCCCGGUCGCACUCGGAUCGCUGCUCUCAGCACGGGCGCUGCAGCGGAGACGAUUGCAGAGCCCAUUCUCGCUGAACGAGCUCCUGAACCUAUUCCUCCUCAGAUCUGGUACAUGAGAACCCAGAUCGCCAGAUUGGGAACCGCGUCCCCCAGCAGCGCCAUGGCGCAGCCCAAGGUCCCCACUGGGGCGCAGAGCCUCCCGCCCCAGGAGGGCUCCGUGGCCGUGGUGCUGCGUGUGCGGCCCCCCGUCCCCGAGGAGCGGGCUGAGCCCCUGGUGCUGCGCGUCCAGAACCAGCACAUGGUGCUGCUCAGCCCCGAGGGGCCCGGCGGAGCCCGCAGCACCGCCCGCCGCCGCAARACCCUCAAAUUUGUGUUCGACCACGUUUUUGACGAGGAGGCCACGCAGGAGGAGGUGUUCCAGCACACCACACUCCCUCUGCUGGACUCUCUCCUCGACGGCUACAACUGCUCCGUGUUUGCCUACGGCGCUUCAGGAGCCGGCAAAACCCACACAGUGAUGGGCUCCAAGGCCAGCCCCGGCAUGGUGCAGCUGGCCACGGUGGAGCUGUUCAAGAGGCUCGAGGCCAUGAAGGACAAGAGCUAUGAGGUCCUCGUCUCCUACCAGCAGGUGUACAAAGAGCGUGUCUACGACCUGCUGGUGCCCCAGGGCCCGCUGAACAUCCGGGAGGAGCCCGGGAAAGGAGCCGUGGCACAGGGUCUCUCCUUCCACCAGCCCACGUCACCAGAGCAGCUCCUGGACAUGUUGGCCAAGGGCAAUAAAAACCGUGCACAGCGUCACACCAAGGCCAACGCCACCUCGUCCCGCUCCCACGCCAUCUUCCAGAUCCAGGUGAAGCAGUGGGAUCUCGCUGGUGGCUUGGCCGGGGCUCCGUAUGUGUCCAAGUUGAGCUUCAUCGACCUGGCGGGCUCGGAGCGAGUCGGGGACAGCCAGGACGGGGGCGAGGGGCUCUUGGAGGGCACCAGCAUCAACCGCUCGCUGCUGGCCUUCAAAAGCGUCGUCCGUGCGCUGACCGCAGCCAAGGGCGGGCAGAACUACGUGCCGUUCCGGGACAGCAAACUGACCCGCCUGCUGAAGGACUCGCUGGGCGGCAACUGCCGCAGCGCCGUGAUCGCGGCCGUGAGCCCCGCCGCGUCCGCCGGCCUCGACACCUGCAGCACGCUGCGCUUCGCCAGCCGGGCCAGGCACAUCCUGCUGCCGCCCGUGCAGCCGCAGCGCCCCGCGAUGCCUACCGGCAGCCCCAAAGCAGCCUCCCUGCCCGAUGUGCAGUUACAGCCCAGGACACCAAAUUCCCCUCCGCAGGAGCUGUCCGGGCACCAGGAAAUGAGCCUCUGCCCUGACGCAAUGACUGCGAAGAUGGAGGAGGAGGAGGAGGAGGAGGUCCUGGCGCUGGAGGAGUCUGUAGGGCUGGAGGAGGCCACAGGACUGGAGGAGUCCACAUGGCUGGAGGAGGCUAUGGAGCCGGAUGAGGCUGCAGGGCUGGAGGACACUGCAGCUCCCAGCAGCCCCGCAGAGCCCAGUGAGGCUGGCCCAGCCCCGGGAAUGCAGCUGAGCUGUGUCGCCAAGGUGCCUGUCACCAUGCCCGAACCCCUUGUGCCCAGCGCCGACCCAGGAUGCUCCCAGGACUCUCCGGAGCUCUCUCCAUGCUCCAGUCCCAGGCCGAUGUCUCCCGGGCCGGUCAAGAGGAUGCCCGAGCCGAGCAACGAUUCCCAGUCAGAAAAUUCCCGCAGCUCCCAAACACGGAGAAAGCACCAGCAGGGACGUGGGAAGGCAGCAGAGACUUCCCAGGCAGCGCAGAGCCCCGUGCAGAGCCCCGCUGUGUCCCUGGGGCCCCGCUGUGCCACUCCCCAGCCCACCCCGGCACCAGGGGCUGCACCGACCCCCAGCCCCCUCCCCGGGCCGGCUCCAGAGCUGCGACCCCCAAGUGCUGAGCAGUGGGCAAAGCUCCGAGCAGCUGCCUUGCUUCUGGCCUCCAGCCCCCCGCCCAGGGCUCAAACUCCAAACGGCUCCAGUUCCUUUCUGUUCGGUUCUUCCUGCAGUACCCCGAGCAUCCUCCUCUGCCCCCCAGUGCUCCCCUGCCCCCCACUGCCCCCCUUCCCCUGGUUCCAGCUGCGUCACCGCCCUUGUGUCCCCUCUGUUGGCUCAGCCCUGUUUGUUUGUUUGCAGGUUAUGGGUGGCUUUAGGAAAUAA